UAUUUUGAGAUUUGGUAGUGCGCCAGGAACUAUCAUAAAAAAAUUGAUUUUUUUCUUUCCAUAUUCAAGUGUCAUGUCAACCAACAUUUUACCAGAUGUGUAUAAAAAGUACAAACUACCAGUUGUCAAUGAGGGAUCCUCUCAUUUCUUUUCCAUGUACAAUGCUGAAGAAUGGAGUUUUGAAAAAUAUUAUCAGGAAACACAUCCAAAUGUUAAUAAAUCUAAACAAUUCCAAACUAUUGUGAAAGAUUACUGCAAUGAUUUAAAUUGGGUCGCCCAAUUGGAGGGAAUCCCAGAUACCAUAAGAGAGUAUGCGCGCGCUUUAAUAAAAGAAAAAAAGCCAACAAAAGCUGAAAUGAUGGCCAACUUGGCUAUGAAUGGAGUAAAGAAAAGAAAAAUAUCUAAGCAAAAUGUAACUAUAAACGGAGGAACCAACAUAGUUGGUUACAAUGUUAAAAUUGAAAACAAGGAAGACUCCAGUGAUAAAACCAAGGUUUCCAAGAGAAAAUAUAACUACGUACAAGAAACAGAAGAUAUGGAUGAAGAAAAUGAAAAGAAUAAAGACGACAUUGCAAAUCAAAUUAAGACUAUACAAAAGCCAAGUGUUUGGUUAGAUUGGUUAAAAUUUUUGUCCAAUAAUAAGAUUGCAUUCCAUCCAUUCAGUCCUGAAGCAAACAAUAUAAUUCGCUCUGGCAAGGGGAUUUCGUCAAAACCCUAUUUAGAUAAAGAUUUGUAUGCCAGACACUUAGAAAACCACAAUCAUGCGCUGCAUACGAUUCCAGAGAUAUUUUUUAAAUUCAUUGAUGCAGUUGUUAGUUGUGAUGACUUAAGACAGUUCAAGAGCAAAGCAAGAGAAGUCACACUAUAUAUAGUGUCAUUAGACGAAAAGGAAGAAGAGGCAAAAGAUCUGGAGUUCUUGGAAGAGAUUCUCUUGGCGGCUUUUAAGAUGUACAGUUCGCAUAUAAAUAAGUAUAAAUAUGAGGAUGGAUUUAAUCAGUUGUUUGUUUGGCCGUACGUCGAUAUCAUUGCCAAGAGUAUUACAACAAGUGAUUGUAAAUCUGAUUUCGAGUCUGGCCAGCCGCAUCUCCAGAGCAUGACACAGCAACUAAGGGCAAAUAACCUAUAUAUUGAUGAAAAAAAUUGUUAUAAGUCAGACGGGCUUAUAAAACUGUAUGGAAUAAAGCAAAUUGAAUUGCUACUGCUCGAAACCUCGGGCCAUUUCGGUAGUACAUGCAGCGUCAAACUCAAUUUUGACCACCAUAAGGGCAUGUUUGGUCUGUUGGCCAUGCUUAAAAGCAUAGCAGAUGAAUUUCACUUUGCAGCAAUUGAAAAAUUUUGCAAAGUGAAAGUUUUUCUGCUACAUGCGGCAGGAAAACAAUUACACCUUUGGAGCGUUUGCUUCCAACAAGAAGGUAUAUUUGACCUUUGGAGAGAGGCAGAUAUGACAAUAAAGCCUGAUUACGAUGAAAAAGAUGAAUUUAUACCAGCUUUGGUCAAGUUUUGCUGGAUGACAAAGCACUUGCUCGAAGAAUCCGUGGAGAGCAUUAUUGAGCUCAGGAAGGACCACAAAGAGAAGCAGGCGAAAUACAGAUAUGACACAGAAUCGCCUGCUUCUUUAAAAGAUAUUGUUAAUCCAAUAAUAUUGAAAUUAACAAAAAAUGGGAAUAGCAAUGAUAUGCAUUCCCUGGGCCCUGUUUACUCUCCCUCUCACUAUUAACUUCUUUAUAUAUAUAUAUAUUUAUAUA